AUGAUAAUGAGGAGGAGGAGGAAGGGGGUGAGACACCCGCGGCCAUGCAUUUUCUCUGUCCGGGCAAGAAUUUUAUAAGUGUGUCAUCUGGACCAGCGAAGGGAACGGGUGCAGGCGACAAAUGUAGAGCAUCGUAAGAAAUGGGCGGGUGUAAGAGAACAGACAGGAAGCAAGACAGAAGCAGGACAAUCGACGGGGACAAACCGACUUACGAAUAGAUACUUUCGGACCUUGGCUCUCCCAAGAAUUUCUUUAUACACAGAUGUAUAGGGAAUGAUGGUGGAGGACGACCCACCGGGAGGACCCCACAUGGCCGCCAUCCCAUCCAUAGCUCUGUUGUAGCAGCACCCGCUGCAGCAGCAGCAGCAGCAGGCACCAGGAAACGCUGAUCCGUCUGCCUGCCGUAGCCUGGGCUGGCUGUAGUAGCUCUUUACCCUCUCCUGGCCGCGUCGUAGACUACUCAGUGCCCUACUACUCUAUAGUGGUGUGCGUGUGUGUGGGUAGAGUCGCAGCGGGUGAGAGGAGGUUGCGUGAGUGUGUAAAAUCUGGAUGGACGGUACUUGAACCGAUCUUGGUCGAGCGGAGGACGGAGGGAAGGAACUAGGGCACACGGGGUAGCAUUUCGACCAUUAUGGUUUCCCUCAUUUCUGUGUCUUAUCACCGUUGUCUGUGUCGGAGUGUAGAGCUGGAUUUGUUCAUCCGGAUGUCGGGACUGGAGUUGAGCAAUCAGUGAGGUUUUCCUGAGGGUGGUGUGGGCUUGCGGACUCAUUCUGCUGACCAAUCGCGGCUGCUUCAUCGUCUUCGUUCAUUUGGAAGUGUGUGUAGGCCGCGGAAGGUAGUUCCUGAGCGUUAACGAGGGUUGCAAGCGUUUUUAGGUUCUGGGUUAUUCAAAUUUGGGCAGCUCCUCGACUCGGGUUGUGGCUGUUCAUCCCACAGAUACUGUGGAUUUGCCUUCUUCGGUUGUCUGUACAGUGUAGGGUUCACGGUCGCGCUUAAACACACUUCCCUCUCCGGUUUGGGUUGGAGGAAGAGCUCAAUGCAACAGUCUGGCUAGGGCGUCUCCUUUAGGGUCGCGGUUAGAAGCUAUAUAUAUAUAUAUAUAUAUAUCAUCACUUCAGCAACUAAGUUGAUUAGCGAGAGAUUGUGUUCAUGGCAAGAAAGUGAACCUUGCGAUGACGAGAUGCGAGUUGGAGAAGGGUAUCUGGAAGUAGUGAGCUGUCAGGUAAGUGAAGCGGUGGGCUUCGUGAGGUAGAGGAAGCAGAUAAUGGUGGGUGAGGCACCAUCGUGAGAGAUUGGACAAGAUCUUUCAGUCUUAAUUGCUCGUUGGAGUUCAGAACGGCGUCGACGGAGUCAUCGUGGGCCAUUUCGAGCACGAUUUGAGCGACAUGCGAUUUGAAGAGGUAGCAGCGACCGAGGUGGGCGCGCCUGUACGGCAUGAGCCGAAGCUUGUGACAGAGUAUCGGGGAGGGUAGGAGUUUGAUACUCCCCGGUGGAGCUUGCGGAUCCGAGGUGGGAGAAGAAGAGCUAUCAGGGAGUGUUGGUUAAGGCAUCGUGGAACCCUGGGCGCUCAGUUCUGGGCUUUUGGGUGGUUAGCCGUACGGCGUACGGGGCGGGUUGGCGCAGCUCUUGCUUCUUCAAUCUGUUGCGAGUCGAAUUGGAUAUUCGCUGGCCAAUCUCUCCAGGCAAAAGCCUCGUGGAAGCAGCUGGUGGAAUGUGGGCAUGAGAAGGAUCUUUGAGACGAAUGCUGUCUAAGACCGGAUCCCUGGGUUUUGGAAAAGGUGGCACAGAACAAGAGGGCAUUGCGCACUGAUAAGGUAUAGUAGAAAGCAGUUAGCGAUUGCACCGUCUCAGCUCCCCGUGUCCUGGCUCGGUAUGCUUGAGCCAGGGUUAAGGUUAUCGAUGGGCAUCAAAACCGAAAAACUGGGUGACAGCGGAGGGCGUGAGAGGAGCAUGGCAAGCGGGGUAGGGGAAAGCGUGGAUCGGCUGGAUGCGCAGCUGUGGCAUGCGUGUGCGGGAGGCAUGGUUCAACUCCCGCAGGUGGGUGCGAAAGUGAUAUACUUUCCUCAGGGGCACGGAGAACAAGCUGCGACGACUCCUGAUUUCUCCGCAUCGAUGGGUCCGUCAGGAACGAUACCGUGCCGAGUAGUGUCAGUAAAUUUCCUGGCGGACACGGAGACGGACGAGGUGUUCGCACGAAUGCGGCUGCAGCCGGAGGGACUGCAUGGAUUGAACGAUAUGACGGAGGAAGCCCCAUCGUCCCCUCCUCCCGAGAAGCCGGCCUCGUUUGCGAAAACGCUGACGCAGAGCGAUGCGAACAACGGAGGAGGAUUUUCGGUGCCGCGGUAUUGUGCGGAGACAAUAUUUCCGCCUCUGGACUACUCGAGCGAUCCUCCCGUGCAGACCGUCUUGGCGAAGGAUGUGCAUGGAGACGUGUGGAAGUUUCGGCACAUAUACAGGGGGACCCCAAGGCGACAUCUGUUGACGACGGGGUGGAGCACGUUUGUGAAUCAGAAGAAGCUGGUAGCAGGGGACGCGAUCGUGUUUUUGCGCAGCGCUUCGGGGGAGCUGUGUGUGGGAGUGAGACGGUCGAUGCGGGGCGCGAGUGGCGGGGACUCGUCGACAUGGCACUCGUCUGCUAACGCGACGCGGGCAUCGCGUUGGGAGGUGAAGGGGACUGAGAGUUUUUCGGAUUUCUUCGCCGCAGUGGGCGACAAUGGUCACGGGGGAUCGAGCAACGGGGUGUCGAGAUCAGGGAGUCAGGGUGCGUCGACGACGAGCAGCUUUGCGCGGAACCGCGCGCGUGUGACUGCGAAGUCUGUACUGGACGCCGCUGCACUUGCAGUGGCAGGAAAGCCGUUUGAGGUUGUGUACUACCCACGUGCGAGUACAGCAGAGUUCUGCGUGAAGGCUGGUCUGGUGAAGCAGGCCCUGGAUCAUACGUGGUACGCAGGGAUGCGAUUUAAGAUGGCAUUCGAGACGGAAGACUCGUCCAGGAUCAGUUGGUUCAUGGGAACGAUCGCGGCGGUGAAACCAGCGGAUCCCCUGUUGUGGCCGAAUUCGCCAUGGCGCGUCCUUCAGGUAACAUGGGACGAGCCGGACCUGCUGCAGGGUGUGAGCCGUGUGAGCCCUUGGCAGGUGGAGCUGGUGGCUACGCUGCCAAUGCAGUUGCCCCCGUUCUCGUAUCCGAAGAAGAAGCUGCGUGCUGUCCAGCCCCAAGAGCUGCAGUUGCAGGCACCCGGGCUGCUGAACCUGCCGCUGGCAGGGUCGAGCAGUUUCGCGGGGCAGUUGCCGACCCCAUGGGGCGGCCCUGCACUUUUAGAAAACGCCUCUGCAGGCAUGCAGGGAGCCAGGCAUGAUCGCUUUAACGGGCCUCCAUCCAUGGAUUUCCGGUAUAGUAAUUACAAACGUGCUCGAGAGCACCCGAGCGAGAACCAGUACGCGGAGCAGGGGCAGACUUCUCCCGCCGGUAGCGCACGGGUGGUGUUGAGCGACCCCCUAUGUGGUGACAGUCACCACCAGUUCUCUUUUUUGAGCAGCGGACAGGCGCACAAUGGUGGGCAGCAGCAGCAACAACAGCAGCAGAGCUCGCAGAUGUCGGGUAGCGGGCUGACGAUGGGGCUGAUGCCAGGUGGGAGCCCGACGAGAGAUGACGGUGGGAGCAAUUCGAAGUCGAAGUUGAAGAGCAGCCCCGCUCCGACAACGUUUUUACUGUUUGGGCAGUCCAUCGACCCGAGCAGCAACUCGAAGGCUGCGCAGGAGCAGUGCGUGGCAUCGGCGAGCAGCUCUGUGGAGGGGUCUUCUCUGUUCCAGGAGGGGCUGCGAGUUUCGCCGACGAGUUACUCGUCGUCGGAUAACACGUUGGAGCACAAGGACAGGAUGAGGAGAUUCAAUGCGGACCUGAACGGCGCGUCGGGAGGGACGGGGGAUGGGGCGAUGUCAAGGUACCGGCAGAACGAGGGCGGGCCGUGGCCAGAGCUGUCGAUUGGGACGGAGGUGGGGAGCUUGAAGUGGUUUAAGGAGCAGCGGUUGGAGAAGGAGAAGGGGUCGAACGAGGCGCUCCAGCACUGCAAGGUGUUCAGAGAGGGCGAUGAGGUGGGGCGGACGCUGGACCUGGCGAACUUCAAGUCGUAUGAGGAGGUGUACGAUCGUUUGGCAGGGAUGUUCAGCGUUCCGGCAGCGAGUUUCAAGAAUCGAGUGGUUUACCAGGAUGGCGAGGGGUGUACGCUGCCAGUGGGUGCGGAGCCAUACGGGAACUUUGUGGCAGCCGUGAGGCGGCUGACAAUUCUUCCGUGAAGAAGGCAAAUGGGGGUUUUGGGUGUGCGAUCAUAGCUCAGUAGGUCUUUUUUACAUGAUAUAAGAGUAGAUUUGGAAGAACGUACGUACCGGCAGUAAUGAGUGAUGGGGCUGGCUUCGUUGCAAUGGGUGGAGUGUGAGACGUGUUCCCGUAGAUUAUGGUGGGGGAGGUGGCACGGGAGGGUUGUGGAUAAGAAUUGCACAAACCGAACGUACGAUUUCACACAAGGGUGGAGUGGAAGCCAUGCAGGGUAUAUGUGUGUAAUACAGCUUUCGCCGAAGUGGACAAGUGUAAAGCGUUCCAGGGUUUGAGAUGGAAUGAUUUUGUGACUAAUGCAGUGGCACUUCGAUUAUUA